AUGGCGAAAGACCAAGCAAAUGGCACGUCCAACAAUGCAGGCGUUGCAAGAAUCGACCUCCACAUCCCUCCAUCAGUGACAUCGGCGACUGUCAAGAUCAUCGAUAUAGCCAGCGUCAACAAUGUGCCCUCGCACGCUCUCUUCACGCCUACAGUAAAGGGUAUAGAUGUGCAUAAUGCCCCGUCAUUUUGUUUCCUGAUCGAGCACCCCUCUGGCCAGAAGGUGUUGUUCGACCUCGCAAUCCGCAAGGAUUGGGAGAACCUCUCACCGGCAAUCACCGAACGAUUGAAAAUGGUGGGACAUCGGCCAGUUGUGGAGAAGAAUGCAUCUGAGCUGUUGGAUGAAUCCGGCGUGGGCAAGGAGAGGAUCAACGCCGUAAUCUGGAGGCAAGCAUAUUCCCCGGGUCAUGCUCACUGGGAUCAUACCGGCGACAUGUCUACAUUUCCAGGCCACACGGACCUAGUUGUCGGUCGCGGCUUCAAGGAACAUUUCCUGGCAGGAGACGGCAACUCGGCGCUCGGUGGAAUCCUGCCGAGCGACGUAGAAGGGCGCGCGGUGCGUGAGAUCACCUUCGAAGAAUCCGAGGUCGUCAGGAUCGGCCAGUUUCCCGCCUACGACUAUUUCAAAGACGGGUCGAUGUACCUUCUCGACAGUCCGGGCCAUUGUGUGGGUCAUCUCUGCGCACUGGUCCGCACAAGUACCUCGCCCGACACUUUCGUGUUCAUGGGCGGCGAUGCGGCACACCAUUGUGGAGAGUUCCGCCCGUCUCAAUACCUACCGUUGCCAGACACCAUCUCUCUCCAACUCCCACAACACGAUCGUCCCGUGCCAUUCUGUCCGGGAGCAUGGUACGAGGACUUACAGACGUCGCGAAACCGGGACCCGAAAGGCCCGUUAUGGCAGCCGAGCUUUGGUCACAACAUGGAAGAGGUCAUGGCUACAGUUGGACACAUGCAGGAAUACGACGGUGACGACAAUGUUUUCGUCAUCCUGGCCCACGACGCUUCCCUGAGAGCUCCGAAUGUGCCCAUGUUUCCAGAUUCGAUUAACGAAUGGAAGAGUCGCGGGCUGGGAAGGGACCUCAGAUGGACCUGGAUCGGGGAGAUCUUGUCGGCUUUGGAGGCGAGUGGUGGAAGGGUGCCGGGCAUGUAG